GGAGGACACACUUAAGGUACCUCAGCAAACAAGACAGAUAAACCGAGAAAGCGCCGCCAUCCAUCCGACUCUGGAGUUUUCCACAGUUCUCUUUUGGGUUUUUGGAUUGUAGAAAACAAUGAGCUCCUUAAGAGAACAAUUUCAAGACUACAUUGCAGAAAGAAGACGCCGGAGAGCCAGACUAGUAACCAAAGAUGGUCGCUGUAUUAUUGAAUAUGGAAACAUCAAUUAUACCAGGAACUUUGCCUUCCUGGCUGACUUCUGGACCACGUUUGUUGAGAUUCGGUGGCGAUUUGUCCUCUUUUUCUUCAUUGCCUCCUUUAGCCUCAGCUGGUUCAUUUUUGGCCUUUUGUGGUACUGUAUUGCACGAGCAAACGGAGACCUGACGUGGCAAGAUCCUCCUUCAGAUCACACACCAUGUGUUCAGAAUGUAGGAGGACUCACUGCAGCAUUCCUCUACUCCCUUGAAACCCAGACAACCAUUGGAUAUGGUGGUCGAGCAAUCACCCCUUUCUGCCCAGGUGCUGUAGCUCUUAUCAUCAUACAGUCCCUCAUUGGAGCUAUAAUCAAUUGCUUUCUUUGUGGAGUCAUCUUGGCCAAGAUAUCAUUACCUAAAAAGAGGGCUAAGACCAUUACAUUUAGUGAAAUGGCCGUCAUUUGCCCCAGAAAUAAUUCCCUUUGUCUGUCGAUCAGAGUGGCUAACCUACGCAAGACCUUGAUGAUUGGAAGCCAAGUCUAUGGCAAACUUCUGAGAACAACAACAACACCUGAUGGUGAGACAAUCAUCAUGGAUCAGGUGAGCAUCGACUUUAUGGUGGAUGCUGGGAAUGACAACCCCUUCUUUGUGUGCCCUCUUACUUUGUACCACGUCAUUGACAAGAGAAGCCCGUUCUUUGAGAUGGCAGUAGACAAUAUACACAAUCAAGACUUUGAGCUGGUGGUCUUCUUGGAUGGGACUGCAGAGUCCACAAGUUGUUCGUGUCAAGUCCGGACCUCCUACAUUCCCCAUGAGUUCAUGUGGGGCUAUAAUUUUAUGCCCAUCAUCUCCAGAAGCAAAGAAGGGAAAUAUAAGGUGGACUUCUCAAACUUUUCUAAAGUGGUGCCAGUGGCAACUGCACAUUGUUCCUAUUGUUACCACAAUAUCAAGGGCCAUCAUCACCACUCCACACUUGGAUGUGAAAACCAGGGUUUUGAGGUGAUUGAAAUUGAUGACCCCCCAAAUGUUACAAAAAUGUAACAUAUUGACUGUCAAAGACAUUCACAGAAUCUUGGACCUUUUUGUUCUUAAUUUUGCACUGCAGAAAAACAUUCAGCGAUUGGAGGCAACUAUAAAAAUGCUGCAAUGUGUAGCAUUAAAAAUGAACACAACAAACCUGCCAAUUGCCUCUACUUUUGUGUUAACACAAAUGGAAAAGAUAUGUGUGGGUCAAGGCUGUAAUCAUGAUCUUUGUAUGUUUGUAUAUAAACCACACCUGUCAUUAUAAAAACCAGUUUUUUGAGUGGAGGCCAAGUUGUGCGCACUGUUGAAAUUUCAGUUUUUCUGGUAACUCCUACAAUUAGUAUUUAAAUAAUUGAGAGUGGCUCUAAAAUACAUGUUACCUCAAAAUCAUGGACUACUUAUAACAACCAUAUAUGUAAUUGUCUUUUUGAAUGAAGAGGCUCACUAUAAAUGCUUUGUUUGGGUGCGCUUGUGUGUGUAGCACUGACUGUGAAACUCUGUUAUUUGUCUUUUUUAUUAUUCUUUAUAUUAAAAAUAUCAUUAUCAAAUUA